AGUUCAAAAUUAUAAACAGCACUGCUGGAGUUUUUUUGAUGGUGGCAAGGUUUAAUUGUCAUCGCCAAUCAGCUGUAAACCAAAACAUUGCAGAGAACGUAGAAUUAUAAUCAACGUUCUCUGAACAUUGUAUAAACAAAAAUGAACAAUCUGAAUAAGCAUAAUUUAAUAAAUAAACGUAUUUUAGAAUUCUAUGUAAGCCAUAACAAGUUUGAACUUAAAGAAAUUCAAAAGUAUUUACACGAUAAUUGGUCGUUGAAUUUUAUAGUAUUGUAUGCAUUAUAUAAAGAUGAUUUAAAUCCCGUUCUAGCAGAUUAUAAUUAUGAGAAGUCCUUAGAUUCUUUUCGUAAGUUACUGCCGAUAUUUGAAGGUAUUCACUUCUUGUACUGCAAGGCUCAAUUGGAUUUAAAAAAGCUUAAUUUUGAAUGGCUUGGAGUGAAUUCCAAAUAUUUGUUAGAAACUUUAGAAUCAACUGAAAUUGCAGAAACGUUAACUGUAGAAAAAACUCUAUUAUUAACUUCGGUUCUGGAAAAUGCGUUGGCUAAUUUGCACUUUGUUACCAGUAAUAAUUGUACACCUCCGCAUUUGAUGCGUGACUUACUACGCACAGAGGAGCUCCACAAUAUAUUCGGCAUAAAAAUAAUGUCUUUAUUGAAAAUAAUCAUGGGUACGCCCAAUGCAGUCAAUUUACGGAACAUUGUAUGGCAUGGCUUUCCAAAUCCUAAAGAAAUACCAGAUUAUUAUGCCACAUUACUAAUCAUUAUUAUACACAGUUUGGGUUCGGAGCUUAAAAGUAAACAAAUUGUUCGAUUGAUGGAGCGUCCGAAAGCUACAGACUUUAAAAUAUUGUGUGACCAGGUUUCAAAUCAACUUUUAUUACCUUCAGAACUCGUUUAUGAGAGUAAAUACAUUGAACAAAUUAAAAACCAUGUGUGGCUACACAAAGCAUUGAAACAGUACUGGUAUCGGCUAUUCCAAUAUUAUGAAAGAAAAAAGUUUUGGAAUUUCGUAAUAUUGAUCAUACCGCAAAUCGAAUUAUUACUUCGAUUGAUAUAUGCACAAGCAAACAAUUUUGAUGUUACUGCCAAGUUGGAUGAAUACUAUAUUACAUUGGAUUCAAUAUUUGAAAGUAACGUUACCACUGAGGGGACAAAUAGUAGAAACCAGCUAAUAAAUGGGAAUGUGCUAAGUAAGGAUCUGCUUAGUCUUACAUAUGAUUUAUUUAUUGCACCAAAUGGACCACGCGUGAGAGAUAAAAUUAGUCAUGGUGAAAUUGAUAUUGCUCUAAUAGAUUAUCCGGAAUUAUGUGAUAUUUUGCUCUAUCUUUCCAUGGGCUUAUUACAUUUUGAGCAGCCGUUUCGAAAAUAUGAGAGUGUUUUCCAUUUAAAUUGCGUAACUAAAAACACUUUGCGUAGAGCUGUAGAAAAAUUUGUAGAACUAACUGAAAAACAUUUAAGAGAAAGAAAUGCAGACUUCGCAAAAUUGCUUAUCGAGAAAGCAGCGCCCAGUGAUAUAAAAAUAUUUAAUCGUCCCAAAAACGAAUCUGAAAUAAUUUGUUUAGUGUUAAGAAAUGCGAAAUUUGUCCAAACGUCUUGUGCAAAUUAUGAAUUAUCCAUUGAUACUAGAUUAAAACUGUUGGAAAAGCGCGAAUUGCAUUCUAAAAGGCGCCGUACUUUGGAGCGCAUGCUGGAAGCUCUGCCGGAUAUUUGCAAUGGCUUAAAUGGUAUUUUGACUUGCCUCUUAUGUAUAUUUAUAAAGCUGCAAACUGAGGAUUCAAUUUUUCAAAAUGAAGGGGUUUCUAAAACUCUGCUAAGGUUUUUGAAACACACUUUAAAGUUGACCGAAAAUUUUACUAAAUAUUCCAACGAGAGCAGCAAUGAAUGGAUUAAAGCUGUUCAAUUGUGUAAAAAGUUUUCUGAUGUAAAACUACUAUAUUAUCAGAAAGAAUACUUCUAAUGAUGCACCUUCCUUGGGAGUAAGUACAUAGGUAAUUUAGUUAAAGGAAUUUGUUGCAAAUAUAUGUGCGGUUAUAUAUUUAUUUAUUCUUUAAUGCUGAAUAAUGUUUAUAUGUAUUGUACAUAAAAUGCAAAAUAGUUUGGUUGUAACAGUUAUGUGACAAUAUAUUUUAUAUACAAGUACAUUGUGACGAGAAAGUUUCCGGAAAUUGUCAUUUAAACUGCCCGCGCCGAAUAUUUUUCAGCAUUUUGUUUUGUUAAGUUGGUAGCACUGUCCUUAAUUACUAUGCCAAACAUGAAAAGUUUGUUUUCAGCAGCUAUUGAAAUCAGUCGACUUCAGUAGUGUUUUGCGAUUUUUACAAUGGAAAAAAGAUUGAACAAAGAAUUUACAUCAAAUUUAGAAAAGGCUUAUGGUGAAUCUAUUCUAUCGACAAGCCAAGUCUAUGACUGGUACAAAGCCUUUAAGGACGGUCGAGAAACUGUCGAAGGCAUGCCUCGUUCCGGUCGUCCUUCGACGUCUACCACUGACGAUAUCAUAAAAAAGUGAAGGAAAUCGUGCUCGAAAAUCGUGAUGCGAGUGUCAGAGAGCUAGCACGUAAGCUAAACAUCGGCCGCGAAGCAGCUCGUUAUAUUUUGACCGAUCAUUUGGGCAUGAGACGCGUCAAUACGCGGCGGAUUUUUCAUGACGAUAAUGCGCUAUCGCAACGAGCUGUAGUUCUGAACGAUUUUAAGACCAAAAACUCAUUCAAUACCAUCGAUCAACCACUGUAUUCACCGGAUUGGGCCCCAUGCGACUUUUUUUUGUUUCCAAAACUCAAGUUACCACUCGGUGGAACCGAAAAUUCGCAGAGAAAAUUGAAAGCGAUCCCGGACAGCGCCUACAAGACAUGUUUCGAUGAUUAGAAAAAGAGGUGGCAUAUGUGUAUCGCCUCAGAAGGAGCAUAUUUUGAAGGCGACAAAAUAAAUAUUGAUAAAGAUUAAACAUUUUUCUUUUUAUUUACAAUUUCCGGAAACUUUCUGGUCACAAGAUAUGUACACAUGUUAUGUAUGGUAUAUACAUAUACGUAUACAUAGGUAGAUCUUUGUGUGUGGUAUUAUGCAUGAAUUCACCUGAUUUUUAUUGAAGACUUGCCUUGGCUAUAACUUAUGACAAAUGAAUGAAAUGUUAGUACUGGUGGCAUAUGUAGAGGGAAACAUAAAUUGUUUCCCACCAUUAAAUUGAUGUCACGCAUGCUGUUGCAAAAUAUGGGCUAAACAUUCGUAUUUCUAGUCAUGUGCAUACCGAUAUAUAUAUGUAUAUGUAUGUUGUAUACAUGUUAAACAAAUCAGUGACAAUUUGGUAGGUACAUUCGGAACAGUGAACACAAUCUAUAUGAAUGUUUGUAUGUAUUGAUACACUUCCAUACCCUAUGGUGCCUUAAACUAGCCAUUCUACCAUAAUAAUUGCCAAUUCGAAGUUAUCUGAUAUAUUACAAAGGAGCAAAAUUUGGAGCCCAGUUUACAGAUUAUAAAAUUAUUCAUACAUUUUACUAAAAAAUGUCAAAAUUUCAUUAUUACAGAUUGUAAUUAUGAGAAGUCCUUAGAUCGUUUUCGAAAUUUACUGCCGAUAUUUGAAGGCAUUCACUUCUUGCACUGCAACGCUCAAUUGGAUUUAAAAAAGCUUAAUUUUGAAUGGCCUCGAGUGAAUUCCAAACAUUUGUUAGAAACUUUAGAACCAACUGACACUGCAUUUAACUAAAAAUGCCGAAAUUUCAUUGAAUAAUUGAAAUGUGUUUUUUUUUUGUAUUUGCGUAGAAGUAAAACAACCUUGCCACUUUCUAGUUUCAUGAUAACCUAAACACAUUUCUUGACGCAAUACUUCCAAUUUUGCUAUUGGGUACUCAUAUUCAAAAGCAUGUAUAAACCUAGACCGAGCUUUGUGGCUUUUUAUUGAUGUGUGUACACUUGGGAGCUCAUACAUACGUGUAUGUAUGUAAAUAUGAAGUUUUUACCGCGCUUCAGUGAUUUCGAAUAGAAAGAGCGGAUCUGUUUUACUGAAAUGUCGCAUGCUUGUUAAAUUGUUGUUGUUGUGGUUCCGGGAGUGCAACCCAGUUUUGUGGCGAAGCUAGCGGGUUCGUUGCCUGGUUAGAUCGUUGCUGUUUUUAGCAUUAUUAUAUGUAUUUUUUUAAUUUUAAUUUUAACUGUUGCUUUUGUUACUGUUGGUAACGUGUGAUGGUGUGUGUGGAUUUGGAUGCGAGAGUUCAGUUUUUCUGAUCAUUCCACGAUAAGCGACAUAUUUAUUUUUUUCUUAUUGCCACAAUGCACAAUGGCCAUUACAAAUAUACGUUGGUGCCACAAAUGUUUUUUGGGGAUGCCUUCUAUUGAAUUUCAGUUGAACAUUGCAGUUGCUUUUCAGAACCUGAAUCGAGUGGUAGAUUACGCUGUUCAAAGAAAAUACAAGUACAAUCUCUGAUGUUAGAGUUAGGACAUGCUAAUCAUUUUUAUAAUUUAAAGAGUGCCAGUUUUCAAGAUCUAAGCUAAACGUAAAAAAAAUUCAAAAGCAAAAAUAUUUUCAACUUCCUCGAAGGCAUUUUAUUGUUCAAAUUACAGGAAGAUAAUAAAUUUUUUUAGAUAUGCGCUGGCCUCGAAAUGAGCUAUGGGUGCUUGCUUACCCUUUAUUUGCGAGUUACUGUAUUCUUCUGGGAUGUGCUAUGCAAAUACCUCAGGAUGUUGAAAUACUUGAAGGAUUCGAGUUUGACGACACCCCGGAAUAUUACUCUACUGAUUCAAACUACUAUGAGGCCAGAAGUUUGUUAUCUGGCUUCCACAAAUCUAUCCGUAAUAAACGCUCAACAUUAGAAUAUGAUAAUGCUAAGGGAUUACCUCUGGCAAGUGUAUCGCCCCCCAAUGGCCUAUCAGAGUUCACUCAAAAUAUCGGCACCCAACAAAUAAAAGUGCAUGAAAAGGAGGAAAGGAGUGGGGAUGAUAAGUUGGAGUCUGCCAUGCCACGAGCAGAAAAACAAAUAAUGGAUCCCGACUAUGACUACUACUCUCAACGUCACAUAUCCACCUGGAAUGACGCAUAUGGAUCGUCAGCGCUCAGUAGUGCAUCUCGACCACCAACCGACAGGGAAGAUGUCACGGCCGAUGCCAGCAACAGUUAUGUAACCCGAGGGCGUCAAGCUCGCGUAAAUUUUAUUACACAACCUAAAAAGGACCCCAAUAAUGGUGCAAAAGAGCUGGCAGAGCCACUUGUGCCCAAGCUCGCAGUUGCAAAGCUUCAUUAUGAUAUGAAAUAUCCAAUUACUACUCCGACCUAUAAUUAUGAAAUGUAUCCAUCACGUUCUUAUGCGCCAUAUUUACGUCGCUACGAUCG